AUGGCUUACCAAUCCUACCAGCAACGACAACCCUCCUACGCUUCGUGCGUUACCUCACUCCGAACCUCCCUCUCCUACCUUCAAUCCUCCGUCUCCACCCUCGACGCUGGCAUCUCCGACUUUCCCCGCCUAACAUCCCUCCUCAAGACCGUCCGCCACUACGAGCUCAUCCCCCAGCCCACCCUGGCCGCCGCGGAAGCCUCUCUCCGCGAUGAGAUCGGACCCUUCAUCUCGCUGCUUCUCGACCGCGCCGAAAAGAACAUUGACCGCCAAGCAAGAAGGAUAGAAACGCUCAAAGCCAGAGCCGAGCUAAACGCCGGGAGGCUGUCGCACUACACUUCCGAGGGUGCCAGCUCCGCCCAGCAGGAAAGACAGAGGCGUCAGCAGGAGAGAGAGCGGGAGAAGAAGUUGAAGGCAGCACGAUCGCGCAGGUUGGAUGGGUCAGCGGCGCUGAGGGCCAAGGUGGUGGCGCAGAGGAAGGAAGCGCUCAAGUACAGCGUGGAGAGGUUGGAAAUGGAGGUGCAGCAGAAGGAGAGGGAGCUGAGGAAGAGGCUUGAGAGACAUUGA